UAUGGUGCUCCCAAACCUCUUCAAACUAAGGUUUCGUUGUGAAAAUUACUUUGAAAGUCAAAUGUUAAAGAGAUGAAAAAGGCUCUAACUCCCAUAUGAUUUGGAUAACACUUUUUUCUACAAUAGAUCAUAAAUAUCUAAACCGACUUUACUUGGUUGCAAACCUCUACAAACGAAAGUUUUUUUGUAAUAUUGUGAUCAACAUCGGAUAUCGAAAGGAAAACGUCGAUAAAAACAUAGUCCAGCUCUAAAUUCUAUAUUAAGCAGGUUAUGUUUGUGAUUUUUGUAAAUAGAAACAAAAUACAAACAGCAUUCGGCUUGCGAUCGCGAGACAGCUACAUUACAUUUUUGGAGGCUGUGUUUCCAUCUUGUUCUACUAAUUUAUUUUCUGUUUGUGCGCGUGUAAAAGCCACAAACCAUAAAGACAAAGCUAUAGUCACAAGCUAAACAGAACGAGCAAAGUUGUAAUAUAAGAAGAUAUUUCGGAGAUUCCUGCAUGGUCCAGAGCCAGACAUAGAAGGAGUCUCCCCCAAAUCGGGCUGGCAAUUGCCUUGCAGCAAAGCCAUCAACUAAACAAGACAAGACAACAAGACAAAAUACAAACAGAACAUCUGUAUUCCUUUCUUAAAAAUCUUAAAAUUAACACACGCAAUGGCAAGUUCAAGCAAAGGUCUCAAUAACUUCCAGGGCUUUAAAAAAGUUUUGGAUCAGGCAAAAAAUAUUAUAGUUCUCAGUGGCGCAGGAAUUUCAGCGGAAUCUGGUAUUCCUGUGUUUAGGGGUUUAACAGGUAUAUGGAGAAAUCACAAACCUACAUCACUGGCUACACCAGAAGCCUUUACGGCUAAUCCAGCCUUAGUAUGGGAAUUUUACCAUUACAGGAGGUGUGUGGCAUUUAAUGCACCACCAAACAAUGCUCAUCUUGCAUUAGCUAAAUUUGAGCAAGAUUGCAAAACUCAGAAUAAAAAUUUUCAUAUUAUCACUCAAAAUGUUGAUGGUUUACAUCAUAGAGCUGGAUCAAAAAAUGUGCUAGAACUACAUGGGGCUCUGAGCAAAAUCCGAUGUACCCACUGUGAACAAGUAGAAGAAAACUGGGAAAAUCCUAUCUGUGAAGCUCUCAAAGACAGAGGAGAUCCCAAUGUGACAGAGAAAAGCCUUCCACCUAUAGAUAUUGCAGAGUUGCCAAAAUGCAAAACCUGUGGAAAAUUAGCAAGACCCCAUAUUGUCUGGUUUGGUGAAAAUCUUGAUUUAAAUCUCUUCGAACAAGCUAGGAAUUUGGUGGAGGCUUGUGAUUUGUGUUUAUUGGUAGGAACUUCUUCAGUUGUAAUGCCAGCAGCCAUGUUUGCACCUCUUGUAGCAGAAAGGGGUUACCCUGUUGCUGAGUUUAAUCUUAAUGACGCAUCUGGUCAAGAGAAUUUCCAGUUUCAUUUUCCAGGACCUUGUGGGACAUGUUUGCCUAAGGCUUUGGGUUAUGAAGACUAGUUUAAGUAUUUUAUAAUAGAUGCCUUUAUGAUGUAAUUUUCCCAAGUAUUAAUAUUUGAAAAUGAAUGUUAAACAGUCAACUGUUAUAGAACAACAAAUGUAAAUAAAUUAUUUUUAUUUA